CAAACCACUAACUUAAGCAGCCGGAGCCAGAAACAAAGCAAAUCAUAGCUAGAAGACAACAGAGAGAGUAAAAGAUAGAGCCAUGGCAGAAGAUUUCAAGCCCAGCAACUGGUGGAAUAACUCCAGGAACAGCUUCUUCGACGGCGACAGCCAGGCUAUCAAUUCACCAUCGGCACCUUCCCUGUCCUGCUCGACUUCAAUAAGCGAUGCCUUCAGCUGGUCUCCGGCAAAUGAAAUCUCUACAUCCAAGCCAAGGCUCUGUGAUAAUAAAAUAGAAGGCUUCUCCACUCUCUCCACUGAUUGGAACCAAACUCUAAUAAGAAGUAGCAGGAAAGACGAGAGCAGCUUCAAAGCUAGGCUUGAAGAGGAUCUCAGCACAAGGCCUUUGUCCAGACAAGAAAUCGGUGAAUCAUCAACGGCAAUACCAUUCAAAGACAUGAAUUUCUCUACUUCUUCUGCUUCGUCUUCCUAUGUAAACUCUUCAUCAAUGUUUCAAGGCUUAGCCGAGCAGGAUAAAGGGCUUCAGCAACCAUUUUUAGAUAACCAGCAAAUGGCUGAUCAGUACAGAUCUCAUCAGAUGAUGGCCUUCUAUGGCUUUUCUAAUGAGACGCUGGAGCCCUCAUGGAAUAAGCUACCUCAGUUAUAUAAAGAUUAUCCUCAUAAGCAACAAUCUGAUAUCACUGAGCUGCAAUUCACAAAUAAUGCCUCUUAUUGGAAUGCUUCUGCUGGGUUUUAUCCUUCUGCUCUUCCUUACUCGGGAAUACAGAUUUAUGAGUCGAAGCCCAGCUACAGUAUGACUGCGAAGGUAAACUGAUAUCUUCAGUAAUUAAUGCUACCCCAAUACAUUUUCAAUAUAAAAAAUUUAUGACUUCUCUGAUAU